CCAGGCGGGCAGCAUGGCUGCCUUGCGCUGGGGCCGAGGUGCCGCGGAGCUCAGCAGGGCACUGCGGGCUCCGGGCCACCCCUGCACCACGGCCAAAGAAGGGAUCCUCGGUGGUCUCUGGGGACCCAGAAUGAACUCGUCCGCCAGUCCCUGUGAGCAAGAACGCCUCAAGGACUGGAGCCGUGUGGAACUGCUGGAAGUGUUGGAGGCCCGAGUGCGGCAGCUACAGGCUGAGAGUGUGUCUGAAGUGACAGUGAAAAGGGUGGAGGUGGCUCGAGUCCCAGCUGACGGUGGCAGAGCUGGUGGCAUCCUACCACCUACAAAGGCCCAGCCAAAGGUCAGUGGGGGCUGGGCAAGGAAGCUGGACCAAGAUCAGCAGGUGCUGCAGAGGCGGCAGAAGUUACUGCAGGAGAAACUGCAGGUGCAUGGUCAGUUCCCAGCCCCCAAGUACAAGCCCAAGUUUAAGUUCAAGGCUAAGGCCAAGGGCAAAGCCAAGCCCAUGGCCACAGACAAGCCCUCCACCAAACCUGUGGCCACUUCCACAGCUACCACCAAGCCUAUGGCCAUAGUCAAGCCCAUGGCCACAGACAAGCCCUCCACCAAACCUGUGGCCACUGCCACAGCUACAUCUAUAACUUUGGCUGCGCCUAUGGUGACCAGGUCAACAGCUGUACCCAGCAGCAACCCCAAGCCCAAAGCCAUACCUAUGACUGCACCCAAGACUGUGGCCACGUCCACAGCCACACCCAAGGCCCAGGCCAAGUCCACAACCAUGUCCACAGCUGAACCCACAGUCACAUCCAUGGCUGUACCUAAGGCCAAGCCUGAGGCCAUGUCCACAGCCACACCCAAGGCCAAGCAUGUAGCCUUGGCCCAGCCAUCACUUGCUGAGCGUCAGCUGGUGAGCAAGCAGCAGGCCAGCAAGAAAUACAGGCGGAAGGGAGCUGCGACGGAGACUGAGCAGGACACCUGGGAGGAGUGGGUGCCCUCACAGCCAUGGGCGACCUCUCAGAAGCUGAGUGGCUGUGACACACGGGCUCCGCUGAAACUGAACCUGGAGCAGCAGGCACAGCAACAGAGGCUCCAGGUUUUCCUCGAGUGCUGUCUGGCCAGUGGGCAUGUGGCCCUGGCCCACCACAUGCUGGUCAGCCACCUUGCCCGGCCGCACAAGCAGUGCUUGCUCACCCAGGCCAUGUACAACACCGUCAUGCUCGGCUGGGCUCGCAAGGGUGCCUACAAAGAACUCGUGUCUGUGCUGACGAUGAUGAAGCACAGCAGCUUUACCCCGGACCUGCUGUCCUACGCCUCCAUCCUGCAGUGCAUGGGGCGGGUGGACCAGGAUGUCGCCGUUAUCCAAAGGUGUCUGGAGCAGAUGGCCCAGGAUGGCCUGCAGCUGGAGCAGCUGUUCUUGGAGGAGACCCUCUCUAAUGAGGAGAGGGCCAUGCUGCUGCGGGCUGUGCUCAAGGCUGAGCCCAACUUCCGCCCGCCACAGCCUUCACCGCAAGUUAACACUUCAGUGCUGCUCAGCGAAGUCUAUGCCAAGGAAGGCCCCGUGUCCUACCCAAGGCUGCACCUCCCCCUAGAGACCCUACAGGCCAUGUUCCAGCAGCAGCUAAAUGUGGAGCUGGCCAGCAAGGUCCAAGUCGAGUCUGUGGAGAAGGUCUUGUCACCCACCCAGGAGACCCUUGCGACGCGGAAGACCCUGGAGACCCUGCGCAGGACAUGGGAGGCCAAGCUGCGCAACAAGCUGCAGGCAACCAAGGCCCACCUGGCCGAGGCAACACACCAGGGCCGGCUCACACUGUACCCUUUCCUGUGUGUGCUCCCCGAGGACGAGCUGGUGCAGAUGCUCAUACAGCUUCUGUUCUCGCUGCCUGCCCAGGGCGAACCAUUCGUGCAUGUGGUACACCGGCUGGCCGUACAGACCUUCCAGCGGCACACUGUGCAGCAGAGGCAGCGCCGAGGCCAGCUGCAAGUGCUGGAGCAGCGGUACACGCAGUACCUGCAGCUGCUUGCCUCUGACAGCCAGAUGACUGACCCCCGCCUGCCCCGGCAGCACUGGGAAGCACUGGGGCCGCCUGAGCCGCUGCCACCACAGCUCUGGCCCCUGACAGAGCUCCUACCAUUGGGCAAGCUGCUUGUGGAGAUCCUGGUGCAGUCAGUGCAGCUGCCAUCCAGCCUGGCGCCCCCCCAGAGCACCUCCCAGCCGGUCCCAGUGCUGUACCAUGUGUACACCUUCCGUGGCGUCCGCCAGAUCGGCCUCCUGAGGCCACACCCAGCCUUCAUCAAGCUGCUGGAGAAUGCUGCGGAGCCUGUGCUGAUCUUUGAGGCGACUGACAUGCCCAUGCUGUGCCCUCCGCUGCCCUGGACUUCGUCACAGGCUGGAGGCUUCCUGCUGAGCGCCACCAAGCUGAUACGCUCUGUCGAGGGCUCAGUGCAGCACCUGCACCUGCUGGAGAACUGCCCACCUGCUGAGCUGCAUGGCGCCCUAGAUGCCCUCACACAACUGGGCAACUGCGCCUGGCGCGUCAAUGGGCGCAUCCUGGACCUGGUGCUGGAGGUCUUCCACAACAAGGGCUGCACUCGCCUGGGUGUCCCCCCACCCACCUCUGAGGCACCACGCCCACCGGUGGACCACCUACCACCCAAUGCCCCACCAGAGCGCAAGGCCCAGCUGCGGCAGGAGGUGGCCCGCUGCCUGAAGAUUGCACGUGAGAUGCAUGGGCUGCGGCAGGAGGCCCUGUACCGCUUGUCGCUGGCCCAGCACCUGAGGGACCGAGUGUUCUGGCUUCCACACAACAUGGACUUCCGUGGCCGCACUUAUCCCUGCCCACCGCACUUCAACCACCUGGGGAGCGACCUGGCGAGGUCUCUGCUGGAGUUUGCCCAGGGCCGCCCUCUUGGUCCCCAUGGCCUCAACUGGCUCAAGAUCCACCUGGUUAACCUCACUGGGCUCAAGAAGCGUGAGCCACUGCGCGCCCGCUUGGCCUUUGCUGACACUGUGAUGGAUGACAUCCUGGACUCGGCUGACUGUCCCAUGACGGGCCGGAAGUGGUGGAUGGAAGCUGAGGAGCCCUGGCAGACACUGGCCUGCUGCAUGGAGGUGGCCCAGGCUGUGCGGUCCCCAGACCCCACUGCCUAUGUUUCCCAUUUGCCUGUUCAUCAGGAUGGCUCCUGCAAUGGCCUGCAGCAUUAUGCCGCCUUGGGUCGUGACAGUGUGGGUGCUGCUUCUGUCAACUUGAUGCCUUCGGAUGAGCCGCAGGAUGUGUACAGUGGGGUGGCUGCACAGGUGGAGGUAUUCCGCGCUCAGGACGCGCAGCAAGGCGUAAAGGUGGCUCAGGUGCUAGAGGGCUUCAUCAGCCGCAAGGUGGUGAAGCAGACAGUCAUGACCGUGGUCUACGGUGUUACCGUCUACGGUGGGCGCCUGCAGAUUGAGAAGCGCCUCCGUGAGCUCAGAGACUUCCCACAGGUCUUUGUGUGGGAGGCCUCCCAUUACCUUGUGCACCUGGUCUUCAAGAGCCUCCAGGAGAUGUUCUCAGGGACCCGGACCAUCCAGCGCUGGCUGACCCAGAGUGCCCGGUUAAUUGCCCAGACUGGCUCGGCCGUGGAGUGGGUGACACCCUUGGGCAUCCCCAUUGUUCAGCCCUAUCAUCAGGAGUCCAAGCUGGUGAUCAGAGGCGGCCUCCAGAGCAUCACCUGGAACAGCUCCGUGGAUACCAGCCAGAAGCCCAACUUGUUGAAGCAGAAGAACGGUUUCCCGCCCAACUUCAUCCACUCAUUGGACUCCUGCCACAUGAUGCUCACAGCCCUGCACUGCUACAGAAAGGGCUUGACCUUCGUCUCUGUCCACGACUGCUUCUGGACACAUGCAUGUGACAUCCCCGUCAUGAAUCAGGUAUGCCGUGAGCAGUUCGUGAGGCUGCACAGCCAGCCCAUCCUGGAGGACCUGUCUGCCUUCCUGAUAAGGCGCUUCUGCCCCACAGACAGCACUGAGCCCGGGGCAGGCCACACGCACACCACCAAGCUGCUAGAGACGCUGCGAUCUGUGCCGCAGAAAGGAGACUUCGACCUGGAGCAGGUGAAGGGCUCCACCUACUUCUUCAGCUGACGCAGGCCCUGCCCGCUAUCUCAGGGCGCCCCAUGAAGAGUGUAAAUAAAGUCUGUCGC